ACACCAACUUGUCCAACUCACACUUCCGCUACUGCGUGUAAAAAAGUUGGUGAAAUCUGGAAGAAGUUUCUCUCUGCUGCAACUUUAAACGCUGCGCUGCGUUGACGUCUCGUCAGAUUUAUGAGCAAUUUGUAGCUCGAAAGAGAAGCAGAGAAGAAGUUUUCUUGUCGGUGGCUUGUUUGGAAGCUGAGCAUGUCGACGGGAGCCUUGUACAACGACCAAGGAGGAGCGGAGACUGCGGUGGAAGCGGGGCAGGAGAGCACCCCGACCUCCUCCAGCUCCGGAGCCGCCUUCGGACUCUUCAGCGCCGACUUUAAAAAGAAUGAAGAUCUUAAAGAGAUGUUGGAGAGCAGCAAGGAGUCGCUCAAACUGGAGGCCAUGAAGAGGAUUGUUGGGCUCAUUGCCAAAGGAAAAAAUGCAUCUGAGUUGUUUCCUGCAGUUGUGAAGAACGUUGCGAGUAAGAACAUUGAGCUUAAGAAACUUGUGUAUGUUUACCUGGUGAGGUACGCGGAGGAACAGCAGGACUUGGCUUUGCUAUCUAUCAGCACCUUCCAGCGGGCCCUUAAGGACCCAAACCAGUUCAUCCGGGCGAGUGCGCUGAGGGUUUUGUCCAGCAUCCGUGUGCCCAUCAUUGUUCCCAUCAUGAUGUUGGCCAUCAAGGAGGCUGCAGCUGACCUCUCUCCAUAUGUCAGGAAGACGUCUGCCCAUGCUAUUCAAAAGCUCUACAGCCUGGAUGCAGACCAGAAGGAGCAGCUGAUCGAAGUGAUUGAGAAACUGCUGAAAGACAAAAGCACAGUAAGUACAAUCCGAGCUUUACAGUACAGUUUCCACGGAGGAGGCCGCAGACCACUGGAGGGCGCCCUAGUCAAGCGAUUCUCCUCUUAG